AUAAAUCUGGGAUGAAAGUGUAAUCAUGGCAACUCCAGGGAAAAUAAGUUUCCUAUUUGUCUACCCUGUAAGAUCGACCCCCAAUACUAAUCGGGGGUCACAGAGAAAUAGAGCAUUUAGAGGGAAUGGAGGAGGAAGAAGGAGGGUUAAGGCUGAGCAAGAGGUUCUCCGACCAAGGCGGCGAGGUUGAUCUCAAGACCAAAUCCGGCACCGCCUGGUCCCACAACUUCCUCAACCAGAAGCCAUGGCACCCUCUCUCCUACCCCAACCAGCGCCGCAAGUGGAUCGCCGAGCAAACCCACGCCCAGCGCCAGCGCCGCGCCGAGGAAGUCUCCCGCGAGUUCGCCCAGGAACAGGAGUUCUUUCGCCAGGCAGCUCUUGUGUCAAAGAAAGAGAAAGAAAAGUUGGAGACGAUGAAGGCAGUGAGCUUCAUGUAUGUUCGCCCGCCGGGUUAUAAUGCUGAAAGUGCAAAAGCUGCUGAAAUUUCUGACGAAAGGAAGCAACAGGAAGACCCAUCUUUGGAGGGGACAUCAACUUCAAUGCCUCUUGAAGCCUUAUCCAGCAAGGAUCAAUCACAUGACGAGAAAAGGAAAAAAGUACCAAAAGAUGUUUUUGGUCGCGCUUUACCAACUGAAGAGCAAUUCGAAAUCCUUAAAAAUGCUCCACGGCUGGAAACAGGUGCUCCUGCAAGGGUGAAACCAUUUGCAGUUGAAGUGCGCAAUGUUAAAUGUCUAAGAUGUGGAAAUUAUGGCCACCAAAGUGGUGAUCGUGAAUGUCCGUUGAAGGAUGCAAUAAUGCCUAAUGAAGAGAGUCGAUUGAAAAGAAAUGAUCCCUUGACAGCUAUGCUGGCGCACACAGAUUCAGGCGAGCCUCUGAAGUGGGAGCUUAAACAGAAACCAGGAAUGAGUCCUCCCCGUGGUGGGUUCAACCCAGACGAUCCAAACCAGCAAAUAGUUGCCGAGGACAUAUUUGAUGAGUAUGGAGGAUUCCUUAGUGGAGAGAACAUCCCUGAGUUGUUGGUUAACUUCUCUUCUAGCAAACCCGAUAAGAGCUCCAAGACUAAGAAGAAGCACAGAAGGCACUCACCACCUACUUAUAAGGAAUCAAAGCAUCGUAGAGGGGAGGGGACAUCCCAUGAUGAUGAUGAUGAGAGGAAGAGGUUAAACAAAAAAACUCAUGAGACAAAGAAACAGAAGAAUUACGAGCCAAGUCAAUCAGUUGAUGCCGUGUUCGAUAGGUGGGGUGGAUCGUUUGACGAUGACAAUGAGAGGAGGAGGUCAAAGAAGGGGGAUCAUAGAAGGCGGUCACCACCCACUUAUACUGAAUCUGAAUCAAAGCAUCGGAAAGGGGAGGGGUCAUCCGGUGAGGAUCAUGAGAGGACAAGGUCAACAAAGAGGAAACACAAGACAAAGGAACGAAAGCACUAUGAAUCUAUUGCAGCAGAUGAUGAAGAGUUUGAUCGGCGUGACGGGUCAUGUGACAAUGACAAUGAGAGGAGGAGGUCAAAGAAGGGGGAUCAUAUAAGGCGGUCACCACCCACUUAUACUGAAUCUGAAUCAAAGCAUCAGAAAGGGGAGGGGUCGUCCGGUGAGGAUCAUGAGAGGACAAGAUCAUCAAAGAGGAAAUGCAAGACAAAGGAACGAAAGCAUUAUGAACCUAUUGCAGCGGAUGGUGAAGAGUUUGAUAGGCGUGACGGGUCAUGUGACGGUGAUAAUGAGAGUAAGAGGUCAAAGAAGGGAAAUCAUAAAAGCAAGAAGCAGAAACACUCUGAAUCGAUUUCAUCGGAGGAGGGUGCGGAGUUGGAUAGGUAUCAUAAAUGGAGUAGACACGGGCAUUCUUAUUCAAGCUCAUCUGACGAUUCAGACUUCGACAGGCGGCGUAGUAGUAAGCACAGUCAUUGCUCUGGCCAUCGCCAUCAUCGCAACCGCACUGAUUCUUAGUUUAGAACGAGGUUUUAUGCGCCUUGGCUUUUACCCUGUUGUGUUAGAUUGAGGAAAACAUAGAUUGGCUUUAACUGUUGUGUAGUUUGAGCAAAAUGAAGACGCUUUCUGGUGCAAAGGUGCAUCCGACUAUUCCAUGUCUACAGAAAAUCUGAAGAAUCUUUUGUUACUUGUUACUACUUGUUGCUUUGUAAAUAAUCCUUCAUUUCCUCUCUA